AUGGUACUGAAAUCAGAAAACGAACAUGAUGUAGUUAAAUACAGCGAACUAAAUAAAACUAAAGAAGAGAACUGUCUUACCCACCCCAAACAACAGUGUUGUGCCUUUUGCAGUACUUGCGACAUUCCAAUCUGCCUCCUGUGUGUGUCUAUAAAACACCGGACCCAUGAGAUCAUGGAAUUAUCAGAGAAAGCCGAUGACCUUUCAGAUUUUAUUUCAAAAGAAAAUGAACGUUUACAGUCCAUGGAAUCGGAACUGGAAAACUUUUUGGAUCAUACUAGUAAAAAAAUAGAAGGUCUUCCACAGGUCUACCAACAAUCAAAAGACGAUGUCACAACCCAAGCCAGAAAGUGGCAUAAGGAGAUUGAAAGAACAAAGAAAAAAAUUCACGAAGACCUGGACAAAAUGCAAGAAAAGAAUAUAGCUUUAUUACUAAUGCAGAAGACAGAAUUUGAGAAGAUACUAAAGAAAUUAAAGAAUCUGAAACGAUCAGCCUUUAAUUUAUCAAAAUCUAAAGAUGUUUCCGGUUUAAUGAAACUUAAAGUUGACCUUGAAAAUCUUAAGAUUCCAUCCUCUGAAGAAAAAACUCAAACAGCAUACUUUCAACCUUGCAAAUUGGAUGAAAAUUAUAUCGCAACUCACUUUGGUUACAUAAACAUAGAGACAUUUGAAUCGUAUAAACUUUCUAUUGAUGACUCAGAAGAUAAAGUCCAAUCACAACGUCAAUCUCUAGAUGUACCAACCGUUCUUUUCACAUUUGAUACAGGGUUUCCAGCUGACAAAAGCAGUGGCCACCGCCUAAACAGCAUAGUUCCCCUUGGCGAGGACAGAGUGUGGACAGGUGGGCAUAGUAAUGAGCUCAAGCUUUUCGAUUUUCAAGGGCGUCUUCUCGAUACUAUCACCAUUUCGGCUUUAGGUUAUUACCUGACCCUGUACGACGGACACAUAGUGUACUCUGAUCCUAAGAAUCAUACUGUGAUGAAAAUAAUCAACAGAGAAGUAGAUACUUUGUUCCACACUGGAGAGUUUCAACCUCAAGGUAUCACAUGUACCAUUGCGGGGAAUCUUCUGGUCUGUCUAUGCACAUCAGGCAAAAAAGAGUCUAAGAUCGUUCGGUACAGUACUUCUGGUGAAGUGAUCCAUGAAAUCCAGCAUGAUUCACAGCACCAGCCUCUGUUUAGCUAUGCAGUUCACGUGGUUGAGAACGGUAACGACAUUUGUGUUGCUGACUGGGGUAAAGAGGCUCUCAUAGUCGUUGACAAAUACGGAGUAUUCAGGUUUUCCUACUCAGGGAACAGAGCAUCCAAGUAUAAAUUCCAUGCCACAUCCAUUACCACAGACAGCAUGCAUCAUAUCAUCAUCACUGACGCUCACAAUGACAAGAUCCACAUGUUGAAAAGGAAUGGUCAAUUUCUGAGGUACAUCAUUCCUUACCUGGGGAUAAACGGACCCGUCGCCGUGUGUGUUCUUAAGGAGAGGGAGUUAAUGGUGGGGGAAUUUGAUACAGGAAAAGUCAAGAGAAUAGAGUACUAA